GCGUGACAAGAUGUUGGUAACGAGGUUUUUUUUUAAUUCACCUCCGUGUUCAUACAUGAUAAAAAUACGUGUGCUGGUACAUGAGAAAAAUUGAUGGUUAAGUGAGUGUGCUCUUUUUUAACAAAAAAAUGGAGAGGUUAUUUUUUUGAAAUAAUAUGUGGGAAUUAAAUAAUCAGGACAUUGUAAUAAUAUUAAGUGUGUUAAGUGGGUGUUUAGUAUUUUAUAAUUUAUGGGGAUAUUUUAUUGCUAUAGUUAUACUACUAAUUGCCAUAAUAUAUGCUUGUAUAUACGUAGUGAUUAACGACAAUUACAACACGCUGCUCGCGAGAAUAAACGACAGUAUUAUAAAAGCCGGCAACAACAUUCCCGAUUUAUUGUCACAAUUUUAUCACCAGCUAUUGACAUAUUUUUGGGAAUUCAGUGAUUUUUUUAAAAAUUUAUAUAAAAAACACGUUGGUAAAAUGGAACGUCGUGGAAGAAAUUCGUAUCAACUCAGUUCUGAGUCAUCAGUCAGCAUGUCGCAUAAUCCGCAACUGGGACUCAUCAACAACCUAAGUCCCAUUUCCAGAACCACCCGUCGUUCAAUAGUGUCAGGUUCCGAAAACUCGGCCGCUAAAAAUUUUUCCCCAUCUUCAUCAUUCGGCGGCAAGCAGUGGGAAAAUUCAAACUACAAUUUAAACGGUGACAUUAACGGUUCCAUGCUUAAUUUAUGGAAAAAGUCACAGAAUAAAUAUGAUAAUAAUACACAUGACGAUUCUCCAUCAGCCAGAAGAGAGGAAAUAUUAUUUAGAUCUCACAGUACCCCUUGGAAUGCUGGUUUGAGUCCAAAAAUUAAUUCAAACUCUGGAAUAAAAACAGUCCAAACUGUUGCUGGACCAUUAUUAUCAUCAUCUAGAUAUAAUAUUGAUUCAAAGGUCUAUAGCAAUUCAUCAUCACCAGGAUUAGGAUCAAAAUUAACAAAGUAUGCGAGUGAUGCUGAUACUAAAUUACUCUACCAAUCGCAGUAUACAGCAGGACAAUUUCCAAAAGUUAAUUUGUAUUGUUCACCAACACCAACAAUAAAUGCCAAGACAGUGAAAGCUAGAUCACCAGUCACCGUUAGAAUCGCACCGCCAGAGACAAUUAAAUAUUCCCCUCCAGAGAAAGAAAAAAUAUUUGCUGGUAUCUAUCGUUCAGAUAAAAAAUCCCCCAGUGUCGUCCAAGUGCUGAAAGAGAUUUCUCUAAAAAGACACGCGUCAAUGGACGAUGUCUCUGUGGAAUUGGUGAAAAAACAGCGAACUGACGACAGCCAGAGCGAGGAGUACGAGAGUUUUGAUGAAGUCACACAGAAACGUACACGGGAAGAUUUGUCAAGGUCAGAUGAAGACAUUUCUAUUGAAAACACGUCACUGAGGCCAGUCAAGAGGACGAAGAUUCCAUCCUGCUACGAUAUUUUGAAUUCACUGAGUUCGAGUACUAAUGUCGUUACCAGUUCAGGAGUUAAAAGGAAAGCUGACUUGUCUCGCAGCGGUACUCCGGAAGUUGGUAAACAUUUCAAGUCCUUUGAUAGCAAUCGCAGAAGCAAUUCGUUGUCACCCCGAGUUGCUGCUGAGCAAUCGACUUCGAAGACAUCUUUGAAUAGAUCUAAUUUAAAUAGUGAAGUUUUGAAUGCCAUGGAUGGCAUCAAUUACAAAAAACAUGGCAGCGUUUCACCGAAACAAAUUUAUCAGCAAAGUAGUCCCAUUAGUAGUAAUAGUACUAGUAAUAAUAAUAAUAGUAAUACUAAUAUUAGUAGCGGUAAUAAAAUUAAUAGUAAUAGAAAUAUGAAAUUGGUAACAGAAAAUGCGCAGACAAAAUUGAAAGACAAAUUAUUUAUGAGAGCAGAGCCGCAGAAUAUUGAUAAAAUAAAAACACUUAUUGAAGAGCAUGACGUUACGGGUAAAUUUAGCGGCGACGAUGCUGAUGAAAUAAAACAAUCAGAUAUUACAACUAUGAGACAGACUAGUAUGAAAGCUAGAUUGAAGAGCAUGUUCGAUGCAAUAUCAGGAAAGGUUUCUGGUGAAAUAGAUCCAAGUGUUGUCAUUCAAGCGGACACGGUCAAUGAACGUCCUGCUGCGGUGGCCAGCACUGAGCCAACUUCGGCAGUGCUUGCGUCGCUGAACUCGUCAACUUCAACGACGACUGUCAACACCUCGCCGAUAGCUACUUCUGCGAUAAAGCCUAUCAUUGGUAAAAUCAAAGACAGUACCACUCCGGUAAAACAUGUUACGUUUAAUUUAUCCGCGGGUGGAACCUCGACGACCAACAGUACGUCGUUGAAUGUCAGUGCGUCGGCAGCUCCAAGUCUACUAGAUAAGUCUGAUGUUGAUAAGUCAUUUGUCGCGACUAGUAAACCAUUUGCCCAACAAAAUACUCCUGUUGUGACUUCUAGUUUUAGUUUCACGCCUGCUGCGACAGUGACAGCGACUCCAGUCACUUCUAAUCCAGCUACGGUGCCAUCAGCAGCACCUAGUUUCUCCCAGCUAACUCAAACACCAGCUUCUACUGCUGCUAUCCAACCAGCAGCUCAGAAGACCGAGUCAAUAAUAUCCAGUAGCUUCAAUUUAUCAACACAAGCAACCAGUAGUUCAACUUCUGCUGGGUUUUCAUUUGGUAAAACUGGUACAGAAACUGCAACUUCAACGCCAAACUUACUAGUAUCACCAAAGUCAUUGACUACUGCACCAAGUCAAUUGAAAUUGUCAUCAGCUGCUACGACGUCAUCAAAUACAUUUUCGAGUAAUCAAACACCAGCUGCUAAACCAACGUUUUCAUUUGGAACAAAUUCAUCUACUGGAAAUACUGGAUUUUCAUUUGGCAAUACGUCAUCACCUGCAUCUUCAGCUCAGCAAAAAACUCCUCAAGACAAUUCAGCACCAGCUUUUAAUACUAAACCAACAGUCAGUACAACUUCAACUCCAUCAUUAUUUUCAUUUACUCCUAAUACAGUCAGUACCAGUGCUGCUACGACUGCUGCAUCAACUGCAGCUGAUAAACCUUCAGCUACACCUGGAUCCACCUCCGGAUUUAGUUUUGGUGCAACGAAUGCGAAACCAUCAUUCUCAUUUGGCAACACAAGUGCGCCUCAAGUAACUGCAUCAACGCCCUUGACAUUUGGAAGCACAAGUCAAUCUACAGCAGUAUUUGGUAGUGCUGCGGCUACAAAUACACAAGCGACUCCUUCAUUUUCAGCUACUCCAGCUGCAACUACAUCUCAGACCGCAGCUACCACGGGCUCACUGCCUUCUAUAUUUGGAUCCAACGCUAAUACCCAAUCGUCGUUUUCAAGUCCAGCGAGUACUGCCAAUACGAAGCCGAGUAUUUUGUCAUUUGGAGCUCCUAAAACCACGGAAGUUACUAGUUUCGGUAGCAACAACGCUACGACUACAGCUUCCAGUAUUUUUAAUAAUUCAAAUCAAACUAGUACUGCGUCAUCUUUAAUGUUUGGCGGAAAUAAUAAUUCUAAUCCUAAUAAUACUGCUAGUAAUAAUAAUAAUAAUAAUAAUAAUAAUAGUAAUAAUAUAUUUGGACAAACUAAAUUACCAUCAUUUGGAUCUCAAUCAAGUUUAAAUUUCGGAACAAAUUCAAAUUCAACAUUUGGUAAUAAUAGUACAAUGACAUUUGGAUCUCAACAACCGACAACAACUGCCAGUUUUGGAACAACAACAUCAACAACAAAUAGUACAACAGCACCGACAUUUGGUUCGUCAAAUAUAGCAAGUCCAUCAUUUGGUAGCAGCGGCGGUACUUCUUCAACAUCAUCAACAGUAUUUCCAAGUUUUGCAAAUUCAAAUACUUCAUUUGGUACGCAAAAUAAAAAUUCAUCAGCAGUAUUUGGUAGUACAGCAACAACAACAUCAUCAGCAGCACCACCGCCAUUUGGCGCAACACCAACUACAGCGCCACCUGCAUUUGGUGCAACAACAACGGCAACUCAAGCAUUUGGGUCAUCAUCAACAACAACGGCACCACCUGCGUUUGGAUCAUCAUCAUCAACUUCUGCAUUUGGUGGAUCAUCAUCAAUUCCUGCAUUCGGUGCAUCAACAACAACACCAUCAUUUGGUACAUCAACAACAAAAGCGCCGCCAGCAUUUGGAGCAACAACAACAGCACCACCAGCCUUCGGAUCAACGACGACACCAGUCUUCGGAUCAACAACAGCACCAGCCUUUGGAUCAACAGCAGCACCACCAGCUUUUGGAGCAACGACAGCAGCGCCACCAGCAUUUGGAGCCACGACAGCAGCACCACCAGCAUUCGGUGCAACGACAACAGCACCACCAGCAUUUGGAUCAACAACAACAGCGACAUCAUCAUUUGGCUCAUCAACAACACUUCCAUCCUUUGGUGCAUCAGCAGCACCACCAGCAUUCGGAGCUGCUUCCACAUCAGUAAAACCAACAUUUGGUACAUCAACAGCUCCACCGUCAUUCGGCUCAUCAUCAACAUCAGCACCUCCAGCUUUCGGCGCUUCCACCGGUUUUGGUUCGUCUUCAUCAUCAACACCAGCCUUCGGUUCCUCAACCACUAGUUUCACUGGGUUUGGUUCAAAUUCUACCCCUUCUCCAUUCACUCCACCGACUCCAUCAUUCGGUUCCACUUCUGCUAACAACAAUAACACCAACAAUACCGCCAGCAACAACAACAACUCCAGUACAUUCGCUUUCGGGAAUACAAACCAACCACCUGCGCAACAAAAUCCAGUAUUCAGUUUCGGUGGACCCGGACCUGGAACCGGUAGCGGCACCAGCAGUGCAGGAAGUGCAUCAACUCCAUUCCAAUUCGGCAACGCUGGCACGUCAACCGGUGGAUUCAAUUUUAACAGCGGAUCAUCUUUAGCCGGGUCAUUCAACACCGGGAACAAUGCCGCCGGUGGGGGCGGAAUGUUCAGCAUCGGAUCCGGUUCGACUGCACCAAGAUCACGGCCCGCUCGAUCGCGAAGACAGCAAAGAUGAUUGAGGAUGUAAACUUAAUUUAUUAUUUAUCUUUUAUUUAAAAAAAAAAAAAGCAAAAAAAAAAUCUCACUUCAAUCGAACCCAACAAAAAUAUAUAGAUAUAUAUUUAUCUUACUAUUAAUAUUAAUACACACGUGGUGUAUUAAUUUAUAAAACUCUCAUUUAUCUUAGAUAUUAACUGAACAAUUUAAUGAAACAAUAAUUAUAUAAAUAAUCAAACAUCUGUUUUAAUAUACUCAUAUAUUGAUAUAUAUUAGUAUAUUUUAUCCGAUAACUUGAGUUGAUCGCGAUUUAAUUGUACGCGCAUACUAACGUUUGAUUACUAAUAAAUUACUGAUGUAAUUAAACAACUAAAUACGAUCGUGAUAAUUUUUUAUUUGUUAUUAGUUUUAAAAAAAAUAUAUAUAUAUGAUAUAUAUGUUUGUAAUAAAGUCCUCAAUAAGACUGCUUUUGAAAAGCGAUAAAUUAUUAUUUUUGAAUAUUUAAUAAUUUUGUAUCGUGUAUUUAAAAAGUUCCCGCAUCAACUUGAGUUAUUAAUUUAAAAAAAAAUAAUUAUCAUAGUGUAUAAUAAUAACGAGUAAUUAAAAAAGAAAUCAUCAUUUGAAUUGUUAUUUUUGUUCAAAUUUUUACACGGCUUUUAAGUAAAAGCUCUAGGAAAAAUAAAUGGAGAUUUCUUUUUUUUUUACGGUAGAAUUC